GGUGCAGUCGCGUCUUAUCAGGUGUGUGUAUACAUCAGUGGUGUGUUGUUUGUCUGUGCCUUCGUCAGCCAUGCCUGUGACAACUCAGCUGCUCAAGGGUUUGUCCCGUACCAAGGUCUUGGCCUCCAGUCUGUUACCAUGCCAACAACAUCAUUCUCAGUUAGCGCCCAUCACCCACCGACCUGCCACACGAUGGUUGUCCCACAUGUGGUGGAGUCACCAGCACUCAAGGAGUUACCAGACAGCUUCAGUGCUACACAGCUACAUCCUCACGCCUCCGCAGGUCAACUCUAUCCUGAAAGCCAACGAGUACAGCUUCAAGGUGCCAGAGUUUGAUGGGAAGAAUGUGUCAUCAGUGAUGGGCUUUGAGACUAAUCAGCUGCCAGCCAACGCCCCUAUAGAGGACCGUCGUAGUGCAGCCACGUGCCUGCAGACACGAGGAAUGCUGCUGGGUGUGUUUGAUGGCCAUGCUGGCUGUGCCUGUGCACAGGCGCUGAGUGAGAGGUUAUUUUACUACAUAGCAGUGUCGCUGUUGCCCCACAACACUCUUUGUGAGCUCGAGGCAGCAGUGGAAGCCGGAAGGCCUGUCAGUCCCAUCUUGCAGUGGCACAAACACCCCAAUGACUACUUCAGCAGGGAGGCUCAGUCUCUGUACAUCAAUAGCCUCCGAACCUACUGGCAGGAAUUGAUAGAUCUAACCAGCCCAGGUGAGGUUCCAGACACCCGUGAGGCAUUGCUGAGCGCCUUCAAAAGGCUGGACCAAGACAUUUCUUUGGAGGCUCAGGUUGGAGACUCGAAUGCCUUCCUGCACUACUUGGUUCUAAGAGUAGCUUUUUCUGGAGCGACAGCUUGUGUGGCUCACGUCGAUGGACCAGACCUGUUUAUAGCCAACGCAGGAGAUGCUCGGGCAGUGUUGGGAGUGCAGGAGGAGGACGGCUUGUUCAGUGCUCUCACACUCUCUAAUGACCACAACGCCCAGAACGAGGAUGAGGUGACUCGAAUACAGCGUGAACACCCGCCAUCAGAGAGAAAAACCAUCAUACGACAGGACCGGCUGCUGGGCCUCCUCAUGCCGUUCCGUGCUUUUGGGGAUGUGAAAUUCAAGUGGAGUAUAGAGCUGCAGAAGCGCGUGUUGGAGUCUGGACCUGAUCAGCUCCAUGAAAAUGAGCACACAAAGUUUAUUCCCCCAAAUUAUCACACCCCCCCGUACCUAACUGCUGAGCCUGAGAUCACGUACCACAAACUGAGGCCACAGGAUCGCUUCCUGGUGAUUGGCUCCGAUGGCCUGUGGGAGACCCUCCACAGGCAGGAAGUGGUUCGUAUUGUGGGGGAAUAUUUAACAGGGGUGCACCAGCGUCAUCCACUCAAAGUCGGAGGCUACAGGGUCACCCUUGGACAAAUGCAGGGGCUACUCGAAGAGCGGAAGGCGCGGUUGUCUUCGGCUUUCGAGGAUCAGAACGCAGCAACCCACCUGAUGCGUCAUGCGGUGGGAAACAACGAGUUUGGCACGGUUGACCAUGAGAGGCUGUCAAAAAUGUUGUCUUUGCCUGAGGAGCUGGCUCGCAUGUACCGCGAUGACAUCACCAUCAUUAUCGCUCAGUUCAACCCUCAUGUGUUUGGAGCGCAGAGACAGGAAGGGCAGUCCUGAGAUGUACGUGCCGAUGAGUACACACUUGCACUACACAAAGGCACACUCUGUGGACAAACUAAGAAAUAUCUGUCCAGUAGUCUGAAUGAAGUUGUUUUAACUCUAUUUAUGUAUAGAAUAUAUGUUUGUAUACAGUGCUAUAGAAGAUGUUAAAAGAUCUAUUUAUGCUGCCAAUAUUCUUCAUGGCUGGUAAAAUACUGUUACUGAUUUGUGCAGCAAAAGUUUCAACUAUCUUGUUUACGAGAGACUCAGCGGGGUUGAAAUGAUAGAAAUUCCAAGGAGGGUGAAGGUUUGAACCUUAAGUAGAGCUUAGAGGUUCUGCAGGACUGAAACAUCCUGCUUUUUUUCCUGAUUUGGCCUCAAACUAGCGUAUGUCAUGAUAACACUGCACUCUCUCUCUCCGUUUUGUUAUUUACACCCAGGGCACAAGCGCUUUCAUUUUCUAGGCUGCAUCCGUGUCUAAGGGACUGAUGUUACAACAGAGGCCUGUUGCAUCU